AUGAAGAUAUUUCAUUUUCUUUUCCUUCAUGCUGUAUGCUUUCUCUUAUGUGCAUCUUUUAAUGUUAAUGCGCAACGAAAACAAUUUAAUAUAAGUCUAGGAUCUUCUCUAGCACCCACCACUAACUCUUCAUGGCUGUCACGAUCUGGUCUCUACGCCUUCGGAUUUUAUCCACAAGGCAAAGCCUAUGCUGUUGGAAUUUUUCUUGCUGGAAUUCCUGAGAAAACUGUAGUCUGGACAGCGAACCGAGAUGAUCCACCAGUCUCCGGCAACGCUAGUUUGCUGUUGAAUACUGAAGGCAGGCUUGUCCUGCAAUCAGCGCGAGGCCAAGAGACUCCUGUUGUAGCUCAAGGCGAGGUCGGACCCGCCUCUUAUGCUUCCAUGCUUGAUUCUGGCAACUUUGUGCUUCACAAUUCUAGUGGAGGAAUAAUAUGGCAGAGUUUUGAUCAUCCAACUGACACUAUUCUAACAGGUCAAAGUCUCCUGAAUGGACAGGAAUUGGUAUCGAAUGUUUCAGAAACUGACCAUUCGACGGGGAGGUUCUUUCUUAUCAUGCAAAGUGAUGGAAAUCUUGUGCAGUACCCAAUGGAGAAAAUUGCAGUUGCAACUGCUUAUUGGGCAUCUGGUACAGUAGGGUGGGGUGCUGAUGUGAGAUUAAGCCUUGAUUCGGAUGGCCAUCUUUACCUGCAUAAUUCCACUGGCUUCAGUAUAAUGAAUUUAACAGCUGGGAUUCCAACAGGAAGAUCAGUGUAUUUUAUGAAAAUUGAUUGGGACGGGAUAUUCAGACUGUAUUCUCAUAAUUUGACACAAAAUAAUGCGUUGUCAAUUCUGUGGGAAUCUUCAACAGAUAAGUGUCAACCCAAAGGUCAGUGUGGCUUUAAUAGCUAUUGUAUUGUGAAUCCUGACCACCAACCUGGUUGUAGAUGUCUUCCAGGAUUUGUGUAUGUUGACCGGGAAAAUCUAUAUUCAGGCUGUAAAAGAAAUUUCGCAGCUGAAAGAUUCAUUAACAGCCAUGGAACUGUGAUUUACAGCAUGCGGGAAGUGAACAUUAAUGUCUUCGAAGAUGUUCCGUAUUCGGUUCUGCAAAAAACCAAAGACGAGUGUAAACAAGCCUGUUUGGAGGACAGUAUCUGUGAAGCUGCGUUAUUCAAUAUUAAUGGUCAGUGCAGUAUGCAAAGGCUUCCUUUGAGAUUUGUGCGAAGAGAUGAAAGCAAUAUUGUUUUUGUCAAGGUAUAUGACCCUGUAUCCUCUACUGGUGACCGACCCCAUCUGCCGAUUAAUGAAGGCAAGAAAUACCCGCCAAUGGACAUGAUCAUCAUUGUAAGUUCUUUAUUUGUUGCUGUUAUACUUGUUAUUGUGGCAGUUUUCGGUAUUGUCAUCUACAAAUGUCAUGUAUGGUCGUAUGGAAGAAUUCUUGAUGAAGAGUUUUGUGAGGAUAUUGCUCCCAUAAUAUUUAGCUAUCAAGAAAUUGAGAAACUGACUGAUUGUUUCAAGGAAGAGAUUGGCAGAGGAUCUUCAGGUACAGUUUAUAAAGGGACUAUAGUGAAUCGCCAAAAGUUUGUAGCUGUCAAGAGAUUGGAUAAUGUGUUAGCUGAAGGGGAAAGAGAGUUUCUAACUGAGAUCAAAGUUAUUGGUAGAACCCAUCACAGGAAUCUAGUUCGUUUGCUUGGUUUCCUUGAUGGACCCGACAAAGUCUUGGUGUAUGAGUACAUGAGCAAUGGUUCUCUUGCUGUACUCUUUGCACCCGAAAAACAAUGUAAUUGGAUCGAAAGAAUGGACAUUGCUCGUGAUAUAGCGAGAGGAAUUUUGUAUCCCAUGAUGAAUGUGAACGCAAAUCAUCCAUUGCACAUAAAACCUCAAAAUAUACUCAUGGAUGAUAGCAAAUGUGCAAAAAUUUCUGACUUGGUCUAG